UCCAAAACCGGCAGAAUCGCCAACCCCAGACCGACCGCCCCAUCCUCGACCAAGCAUCACUCACUACCUUCCCUACCUCUCUGGCAGCUCCCAGCACACAACUUACGGCUCCUCAACACCCACAGACGCCUCGCAGCUCCAAGUGCUCGAACAACCACCACAUCACCAACCUGGCAUCUGCAAACCACCACCAACACUAUUCCCUUCACAACCAUCCCCCAUGCCCCCCCGCACCUGCCUCAUAACCCUGGGCGCUACGGCUCCCUUCCCCACCCUCCUCUCCGCCUCCCUCUCCCCCGCGUUCCUCUCUACCCUCUCAUCACAGGGCUACACGAAUCUCACCCUCCAAUGCGGCGCGGACCUAAUCCCCGCACAGGAAUGGAUUACGAAGCUCGCUCCAACGCUGGAAAACCUAGGGCUGAGUGUUAGAGCGUUUGGGUUCCAAGGGGGAGGAUUGGGGGAGGAGAUGAGGGAGUGUAAAGCUAACGAAAAUGAUGGGAGGAGGAGGGGGUGUAUUGUUUCUCAUGCUGGCGCAGGAACAGCCCUCGAUGCCCUUCGCCUCUCCCUUCCGCUUAUCCUCGUUCCCAAUCCAGCACUACUCGACAACCACCAGCUGGAGCUCGCGAAGGAGCUGGAUAAGAUAGGAUAUGCCGUCCACGGCCGCCUAGAUGACCUAAGCGCCGCGCUAAAGGAGAGCGAGGAGCGCACGUUGAAGGAGUGGAGUGAGACGAGCGGUGGAGGUGGUAGGGGGAACGUGAUGGAUGUAGUGGGGGUUGAGCUGGGGUAUGAGCCCGAGAAGAGAAGAGAAGAGGACGUUAGAGGGGUAUUGGAUUGA